CUCCGCGGCUGCUGCGUCGCUCCGCUGUCAUUCUCUGAACCACCCAGCUGUUUAAAGAUGUCCCACUUUAUUUCAACGUCUUCAGUUUAGAAACGUCUAAACAAGAAGAGGUGAAACGGGAAGAGGCCAAUUAAACCUAAAACGGGUGGUGCGUCGAUGUUUACUCGGCUGUUAACGGCAGUCUGACAGCGCACCAUCACUACCGACGGUCGUAGUAAGUGACAGGUAUGUCUUCGUCCGCCGUCGUGAAGAAGAAACACGUUAGAUUCGCCAGCAUGGAGGAGGACGACGACGACAACGACGACCAGGAGGAGGACACCCUGUUCGACAAGAGGAAGGACACCGGGCGAGGGCUGAAGAGUGCGCUGAAGGCGGUCAAGAGGGCGGCCAAGCCGGGAUGCGACGACCGUGUGGAAGUGGUCGGCGGAGGAAGGAGCGGAUACGGAGCGUGCGGCCGCUGGAUCGUCACCCUGGCGCUCUGUGCAUCUUUCCUGGGCUUGGGGAUGAGCAUCUCAGUUCUCGGCCCCACCUUCGAGGACCUGGCUGUGAAUGUGAAGAAGAACAUCAGCAACAUCUCCUACAUCUUCGUCGGCCGCUCUGCCGGAUACAUCGGAGGAUCCCUCUUAGGAGGCAUCCUGUUCGACUGCAUGAACCCACACCUCCUGCUGGGUUUUUCUAUGCUGGUCACAGCUUUUGGGAUGUGUGCUAUCCCCUUCUGUAAGCAGGCUCUGGUCCUCACCGGCCUCAUGUCCAGCAUUGGGAUGUCUAUGGGUGUUCUGGAUACAGGUGGGAAUGUGCUCAUAUUGAACACGUGGGGGGAGCAGGCGGGCCCUCACAUGCAGGCUCUGCAUUUCAGCUUUGCGGCGGGAGCCUUCGUGUCUCCGAUCAUAGCCAAGCUUCUGUUCGGGCCUGAUGGGAACAGCAGCACAGGAACCACACCCCCCAGCUCCUCGCCUCCCGCCGCCACAGAGCAAAUCACCAAAGCCGCCGACGCUCAAACAAUCAUCCGCUACGUCCACAGCCGGAGCAGCACCCUCACAUCCAUGUGGGCCUACGUCGUGAUCGGCUCUUUCGUCUUCCUCAUCUCCUUCCUCUUCUUCGUCCUCUACGCUCGCAGCAGCGUGUCACGUGACAAAGCCCGCCUGUCGUCAGGAAAGCCGCUGGUGGCCAAACAUCACAUGGCUCUUGUCGUCCUGCUCUUCUUCUUCUUCUUCGCAUACGUAGGUGCUGAGGUGGCAUACGGCUCCUUCAUCUUCACCUUUGCCAAGGACUACGCCCACAUGCGCCAGUGGCAGGCGGCCGGGCUGAACUCGUUGUUCUGGGCGACGUUUGCUGCCUGUCGGGGGUUGGCCAUCUUCUUCGCGGCGUGCGUGUACCCGGGCACCCUGAUCCUGCUGAGCCUGGUGGGCUCCACCCUCUCCUCUCUGCUCCUCUGCCGCUUCAGCAGGGAGAAGGCGGCCUUAUGGGUUUGCACCGGUCUCUACGGAGCGUCCAUGGCCACCACCUUCCCCAGUGGCAUCUCCUGGGUGGAGCAGUACACCACGGUGACGGGCCACACCGCCGCGGUGUUCGUGGUGGGUGCGGCGCUGGGGGAGAUGGUGCUGCCCGCCCUCGUCGGCUUCCUGCUGGGGAAGUUCCCGGAUCACCCCCUGCUGAUGUACCUGUCGCUCAUCACCGCCACCUUCACCUCCAUCCUCUUCCCGGUCAUGUACAAGCUGGCCUCCGCCCCCAGCGGUCAGGGCAGGAAACCCCGCGGCAGGAGCCAACCUGAAGCCGACGACAGCGAAUUCCGCCAGGCGCUGCUGGACUCAGGAGCCAAUGACGAAGAGGAGGAGGAGGAGGAGAACGAGGCGGAUCAGUGGAACGAUGCAGACUUCGAGGUGAUUGAGAUGGACGACACAGUGAGUUUGGUGAAUUCACCCAGUAAAGCUUCCUCCCUCCCCGACGUCCCCGCUCUGACAGGGAGCUCCGCCUCCAACCUCCAGGUGACGGAGGCCGCAGGUGGAGCCACUUUUUCGGACGCCAUCUCUCUGGUCGGAGACUCCCCCAGACGCAAACUGCUGCUCUCCCUCGACAGAGAGAAGAAAGACUGAAACCUCCUCCUCCUCCUGUGACUCCUAAGUGCUGUUGAUCUCUCUCUGAACAGAAGAACCUGGAAAUGUUCAUGUACAGUUCUGAUCAUUUACAGGUCAGUGAAUGCAACACUGGCUCCUGUCCCAAUCGUGCAGCUUAUACAAACAUGUUUCAGACGCCCGCUGGAAUGAAGACGGAGAAGACUGAACUCUACAGCGCACUACAGACGGUCUUAAUGUGAAGGAUCUGUGUCGGCCCGCUGAGGUCAAAGGUCAGGGUGGGCUGUAGAGCGGAAGCCCCUCAGUGCUGGUAGGAAUUCAGUGCCUUGCUCAAAGGACGCGUGAGCAGAGUGAAUGAGUUGAACAUGGGACACUCGCCCUCGUCAUCAUCAUGUCAUCCUGCUGCCAAAAACCAUGACGGAGUAUUAGAGCCACACUGACGGAAACAAAAGGAAAUUUUGAGAAUAAAAUCAUAAAAUUUAAAAGGAAAAAGUCAAAAUAUUAUGAGAAUAAAGUUUUAAUUUUAGGUGAUUCUACUGCCACUGACUGUCCUCUCACCUGUUUUGAUUGGUUGAUGUAAUAUUACAAAAAAAAUAGUUUUUCUCUUGAAAUUUUAAAUUUUCGUAAAAUUCCGACUUUAUUCUGGUAAUUUUAAACGUUUUCUUUUUUCCCCUCCGUGUGGCCCCAAGUCUCCGUCUUAAAACUGUAAUUAAUUUUGCACUGUUGCUGUGAAUGUGAUGACGAUAGUUGUGUAAGAUUUGAAUGAAGUGGGUUUUUUUCGUUGCACUUUUGAUAAAGAUCAGGUUUUGAUGUUUGUUUUUCCGUGCUGUAACGUGUCAUGUGACUAACACGUGUUGUUACCGUGAUUUUUGAAGUUUUUAAAAAAAAAAAACAAAAAAAAAAACUAAAGCACUCGAAGAAGAAGAAGGCGUUUAACUUUUUAUUAUAUCAAUCUCAAACCUCCACCCACAGCAAUGUCCAUUAAAAACAAACAAAAAACACCUCCUUCAUUAUCAUCAUUUUUUACAUUUAUACAAAUACACAGAUCCUGUGUACAGCUGUUCGGGGAGCUGAAGAUCAGAUCUUGAUAUAGUUUGAUGACAGGUUUUGUUUUGUUUUUUCUUUGCACAGAAAAAUUGGAAAGUUACAUAAAACCAUAUGCACAAGGAAAUAAUAGACUCUUCAUGACAUAAAUUAUCAAAAUACAGUAUUGCAACAGUCCCAGAUUUAAAAAUAAAAACUGAAAUGGUUUCCAGUUCCCACUCUGCAGAGUAUGAAGUGUCAAAUCUGCCAAAAUGGACAUCAAUACAAUCGAGGUUAAUCAGAUGAGAAACGGCGUCCUUUAACAGAAGGCGUAAAAACAGGUUUGAUUGCAUUCAUGGCCGGAGCUUUAGUUUUUCUGAUGCUAAUGCACAGUGAUGUCAUAGAGGAGCUAUACAGGAAGUAUUUACAAGACUGCGGCCGUCAUAUAAAAAUGAAGAAAAGUCUGUUAUUGGUUUGAGUGUAGGUCGUUCUUGAGAUUUGUCCGGAGCUCGUUAAAAACCGAAGACUUCAAACUGCUACAGCGCAUCGACGACACAACACGUCGCACUCGGCGCCGUGAUGUCACCACGGACACCGGCCUCACUCAGCCCAUAGCAGCUAAUGGGAGAUGGCGGCAAACAAGCAUGGAGACGAACACGGGCCCAAGUAGGGGCAGAGGGGCAGGGGGGGGGGCACUCCCCACAGGAGGCUGAAACCCGACAGUCUGCACACACACAGAAACACUUGUAUAACAAAUAACAGUUACAAGACAAUGAAAACCCAACAGGGUUCAAUCGAAGCACCAUUUAAAAUAUUACAACUGAACGGACAAUCAAACACUGAGAUGGGGUGAGGGGUGGGGGGGGCAACAAUUAGCAC